CCACGACUUCAGGAGCUGCUGCAUCCAGAGCUGCCUGCUGCUGCCAGUCGACGGGCUCCAAAACGGUUCCAACAAGGGUUCAGGUGGUGUGUGGGUAUCGUCUAUCUUCCCCGGCCCCCAUAUCUUAACCAGACCACUCCAUCUUCUUAUCCUCCCCCACCAUCAUAUCAUUGCCCACCAGUCCAACCUUGGCGCAGAUCACUAUCGCAGCUUCCUGUACAUCGACCACCGACCUCUAGAGCACAAAGCAAAGCCCUGCACAGUCCGACAUGCACCUCCUACCCAGGGAGACGGACAAGCUCCUCGUCGCGCAGGUCGGCCAGCUCGCCCAGCGCCGUCUGGCGCGCGGCCUCCAGCUCAACCAGUCCGAGGCGGUCGGCCUCAUCGCCUUCCAGUUGCACGAGCUGAUCCGCGAUGGCACGCACAGCGUCGCCGAGCUCAUGGACAUGGGCAAGAAGCUCCUCGGGCGGAGGCACGUCAUGCCGGGCGUGGCUGAGCUCCUCCACACUGUCCAGAUCGAGGGCACUACCUUCCUCGUGACCGUCCACGACCCCGUCUCGUCCGACUCUGGCGACAUCAAGCUGGCUCUGUACGGUUCGUUCUUGCCUAUCCCGUCGGAUGACCUCUUCCCCAUCCCGGCGCCCCUCGCCUCGCCCAAGGACCUCCCCGGCGCUGUCAUCUGUCGCAAGGAGAAGAUCAAGAUCAACGUCGGCCGCAAGCGCUGGCUCGUCGAGGUCAAGAACGAGGGCGACCGUCCUGUGCAGGUCGGCUCCCACUUCCACUUCCUCGAGGUCAACAAGUCGCUCCGCUUCGACCGUCUCCUCGGUUACGGUCGCCGCCUCGACAUUGCCGCUGGUACUGCUGUGCGCUUCGAGCCCGGAGAGCGCAAGACGGUCUCGCUCGUCGAUGUCGGUGGCACCAAGUUCCUCCACGGAGGUAACGGUCUCGGCGCGGGUGCCUUCGAGGAGUCGAAGCGCAACGGCGUCGUGUUUGAGAACAUUACGGCCCGCGGCUUCAGCCACAAGAAGCAGGAUGAAGUCAAGCCCGCCCCACCCCACGAGAUCGACCGCGAGGUUUACGCAUCCAUGUACGGCCCGACUACUGGUGACCGCGUCAGGCUCGGCGACACCAACCUCUGGAUCGAGGUUGAGAAGGACUUUACCGUCUACGGCGACGAGGCCAAGUUCGGUGGUGGCAAGGUUCUUCGUGACGGCAUGGGACAGGCCUCGAACCGUUCCGACUCUGAGGCACUCGACCUCGUCAUCACCAACUGUCUCGUUGUCGACUGGAGCGGCAUCUACAAGGCCGACAUUGGUGUCAAGUACGGCAAGAUUUCUGGCAUCGGCAAGGCAGGCAACCCCGACAUGCAGGACGGUGUUACCGAUGGCAUGAUUGUUGGCUCCGCCACCGAGGUCAUUGCCGGCGAGGGACAGAUCCUCACCGCUGGCGGUAUCGACGCCCACGUGCACAUGGUCUGCCCUCAGAUCUGGGAGGAGGCGCUCUCGAACGGUCUCACUACGGUCAUUGGUGGCGGUACUGGUCCUUCGGCAGGAACCAACGCCACAACUUGCACUCCCAGCAAGUUCUACAUGCAGGCCAUGCUCGCGGCCACCGACGGUCUUCCCCUCAACUUUGGCUUCACCGGCAAGGGUAACGACUCUGGUGAGCGCGCGCUCCGCGACAUUGUCGAGGCUGGCGCGUGUGGUCUCAAGCUCCACGAGGACUGGGGCUGCACCCCUGAGGUCAUCGACCGCUCGCUCAACGUCGCCGACGAGUACGAUGUCCAGGUCAACAUCCACACCGACACUCUUAACGAGGCUGGCUACGUCGAGAGCACCCUCGAGGCUAUUGACGGCCGUACCAUCCACACGUACCACACUGAGGGUGCCGGCGGUGGCCACGCCCCCGACAUUAUCGUCGUGUGCGAGUACCCCAACAUUCUCCCCAGUUCGACCAACCCCACGCGCCCUUACUGCCGCAACACGCUCGACGAGCACCUGGACAUGCUCAUGGUCUGCCACCACCUCGACAAGAACAUCCCCGAGGACAUUGCGUUCGCCGACUCGCGUAUCCGUGCCGAGACGAUUGCGGCCGAGGAUGUGCUCCACGACACGGGUGCCAUUGCCAUGAUCAGCAGUGACACCAUGGCCAUGGGCCGUAUCGGUGAAGUUAUUGCCCGUACGUGGCGCACCGCCGCCAAGAUGCGCGACGUCCGCGGCCCUCUCGAGGGUGACAAGGAGGGUAACGACAACAACCGUGUCAAGCGCUACGUGUCAAAGUACACCAUCAACCCUGCUAUUGUGCACGGUGUGUCCCACGUCAUUGGUCAGGUGGCUGUUGGCUGCCUCGCCGACGUGGUCCUCUGGGACCCUGCGUCGUUCGGUGCGCGCCCCGAGGUGGUCAUCAAGGGUGGUGUGAUUGCCUGGGCUGCCUGCGGUGACGCAAACGCUUCGAUUCCUACUGUGCAGCCCGUUAUCGGCCGCCCUAUGUUCGGUGCGAUGCCUGAGGCUGCGGGCGACAACUCUAUCAUCAUCACCAGCCAGGUGGCGAUCGACAAUGGCACAAUCGCUAGCUUCAACCUCCGCAAGCGUCCUGUCGGCGUACUCAAGUGCCGCGACAUUAGCAAGCACGACCUCAAGCACAACAGCACGCUGCCAGUCAUGGAGGUCGACCCCGAGACGUUUGACACGCACGCCGAUGGCGUCCUGUGCGACGUGCCACCUGCCGACAAGCUGCCCCUGACCAAGGGCUACUUCGUGUUCUAAACCCUGCUUUUGUUGUUUAUAUUGAUUGAUUGAUAGCGUACAUGAUAACACGCGCUGUGAUUAUGAGAAUGAAGGAUAUAUCUACCAAACACACACUGCCGGACAGUGGGUAACACUAUAGACGUUGUUGAUACAACGGCGAGAACGCACGCACACUGCGUAACCCAAGAACGACCCGCUGUUAAUGACUGCUGGACCUGGCGCUGUCCUCUGCGCCCUUGGACACGGAUAACGACGUGACGCCUAACUCUAGGCCGCCCCAUUCGUUGAUCACGUCCUCGUCCCCAUCGUCACCAGACGAAGGGAUAGGGCGUGCAGGCAUGCGUACCGCGACGACGACGUCGAUCGGCUCCCCGAGCAGCGUGUCGUAUGCGGGCUCGACGCCCUGGCCAAAGCGCUUCUUCUUCGGGUUGUGCAGUGUCUUGGGGUAUGAGACGUAGUUUGGAAAGUAGGGGAUGGGGGACCACGGCUUUGCUGGCUCGUCGAUCACCUCGGGGACGGGGAUGAGCGCGAGAGGGUGCUGGUCUGAUAACUCUGGCACCUCUAUCAAGCCCGAGUAUGUCUCCGUCUCUGCCUCGUACGCUGGGGGGAGGGGAUGUGCCGACGACGAUGAUGGGGACGGGGCGACGACUCCAGCGUCGGCGCUCAUUGUUGUCGUUGCGGGCGGCGCGUCGUCUGCACCCGCCGCCGCGCGAACAUGGGCGACCGCGCCCUCUGUUUCUGUCGAUCCCUUCUCUCCUGGCGUCCCCUCCUUGUCUUGUUCAACCCGCUCGACGCUAUGCUUGUCGACAAUCUCCCACCACUCGGGCAGGCGCCACCCGUCGGCCUGGAGCAGCGCCGCACGGUCCCGCAAUGGCACGUACCCCGGCAUGCCGGGCACCAUGAGGCCGAGGCGGUCUGCCUCGCCGAGCACAAGCCGGCGGCGGCGGCGCGUGCGCAUCAGGUUGAUAAAGCUCACGACGCCGAACGCGCCGAGCACCGCAAUGAGGAUGUAGAAGAGGUUGUGGUAAAAGGUGUUACUGCUGCUGCUGCCGCCGCCCCCAUUACCCACAUUAUUUGUGGGAGACGCCGAGGACGGAGCGGCCGAGGGAAAGGCCGAGGGCGAGGCCGAGGGGAAGGUGCUUGUUGUCGGGCUGCCGCCCAGUGUCGGCGUGCUCGGCGCGGACAUGGCGCUGGCUGCAACUGGGUGUUGCGGGCUGGUGUCGGUGUGUUGUUGUUAUAGGUAGUGUCACAACAUGCCCCGGCGGGCGAGGGGGGGAUAGAGCAGGUGCCGAGGCAAGGGGAUGUUUUGACGAAGCAGUGCAAGUGAUAGAUAGCAAGGGAGUUGAAGUGGUCUGUGGAU